CGGGCCUGAGGGGGAGGGAGUGGGGUUGAGGCAAGAUGGCGGCUAAGGUGGCGAAGCUGCGGCGGCGGCUGGAGUGAGCGCCCAGCUCGCCGCGCCGAGCGAGGGCCGGGCGGAGGGCCGCGCGCCGAGGCCGCGCCCUGGUCGUCCGGCCGUGGGGCGCGCCGGUUCUCACGCUCCGCCAGCUCCUGGUUGCUUCCUAGAAACAUGGUUGUUUGUUGGACUUGAUCUCACAGCCCAGUGAGGACGUCUUUACUGAUAAUGUCAAGUUCAGGUUACCCUCCCAACCAAGGAGCUUUCAGCACUGAGCAAAGUCGUUAUCCUUCACAUUCUGUCCAGUAUACCUUUCCCAGUACUCGACACCAGCAGGAAUUUGCAGUUCCUGACUACCGCUCUUCUCAUAUCGAAGUUAGUCAGGCAUCACAGCUUUUACAGCAGCAGCAGCAGCAGCAGCAACUCCGAAGACGACCUUCCUUGCUUUCAGAAUUUCACCCAGGUUCUGACAGGCCUCAAGAAAGGAGAACUGGAUAUGAACAGUUUCACUCAGGCCCCUCCCCAGUGGAUCAUGACUCCUUGGAGUCCAAGCGUCCACGCCUGGAGCCAGUUUCUGAUGCCCAUUUCCAGCGUGUCAGUGCUGCGGUGUUACCUUUAGUUCCCACGCUGCCAGAAGGGUUGAGGUCCUCAGCAGAUGCUAAGAAGGAUUCAGCAUAUGGAGGCAAACAUGAAGCUCCGUCCUCUCCAUUGGCUGGGCAACCGUGUGGAGAUGAUCAAAACGCUUCUCCUUCAAAGCUGUCAAAGGAAGAGUUAAUACAGAGUAUGGAUCGGGUAGACCGCGAGAUUGCAAAAGUAGAGCAGCAGAUCCUUAAAUUGAAAAAGAAACAACAACAGCUAGAAGAAGAAGCAGCUAAGCCCCCUGAGCCGGAGAAGCCUGUGUCCCCUCCUCCUGUGGAACAAAAACACCGUAGUAUUGUCCAAAUUAUUUAUGAUGAGAAUCGGAAAAAAGCAGAAGAAGCUCAUAAAAUAUUUGAAGGUCUUGGCCCAAAAGUUGAACUGCCACUCUAUAACCAGCCAUCAGAUACCAAGGUCUACCAUGAGAACAUCAAGACUGGAGUACCUGCAAGGCGCAUGAUGAAGUAAGAUAAUGAAGCUUUUUCAUUUAAGACUAGUGAUGACACCGUCCCCCACCAAGCCACAUCUGCCAUUGCAAAGUAGAAGUGCCACGGAUCAUUUUAUCAUUAUUCAAAACCCUAUUCUAGGGAAAUCCCUUCCAUGACUCUUGCUAAUGACGGUAUUUGUAGACCCUUCUGCCAUUUAAUGUCCUGGUGCCUUGGAAGGCUCAGUCCCCUCAUGUGGGUGAGGAGGCUGUUCCAGAAUGUAGUUUGCUUUGCCUUGCUCAUCCUAGUACCAGGCCUUUUAUGGAUGCAGAUCUUGGAAUAAGAAAAUAAGUGAAAAGUGAACUUAAUUUCUUGAUCUGAUUGAAGUAAGAGAAGCUAGAUAGGCUUUUUUUUUAAAUUGUUGUUUAAUUAUCAUACUUUUAGAGAAUUUUAGGUGAAGUAUUAAUAAUUGGUGACAAAAAUGUGAUAUUUCUAUUUAUUUGCAUUUAAAAGUAUAUCCAGAACAUUAUAAUUAUUUACUAUUACAUUUACUAAUGAGCACAUUAUUAUUUAUAUUUUUCCUUUUAACUUUCUGAGACUGUGUACAAUAAUUGACUACUUUGCAGAACUGGUGGCAAAUAUAUUUGCAUGGUAGUAUGCAUGACAACUAUUACAAUAUAGUAAUUUUAAUUUCUGUUAAGUAUGUAGUUCAUAAUAAAAGUCAUCUAUUUAAGAAUUUUUCUGGGAGAUAUUGCCAUGGUCUUGAGACCCUUUAAGAGGACAUUAGGCUGAACUCAUAAAAUACAUUUUGAUUUAGAACUACUUAGCUGUUUAAAUGUUUUUAAAAGGAGGAUACCAGAUAUAAUUUAGUUGGCUAUUUUUAGUGAUUUACCCCCCCAAAGCUUCAGUGUGUGUUCUGUCUUCUCUCCCUCAAUGUAAGCUGGAAAGCUGCACUGUUUAAUUUAUUUUCUGUUCUCCACAUGGCUUGUGACUAGCUGACUUCACUUAAAUCCUUAGCAUUUAACAUUUGAUUUACUGGGUGACAUUUACUUUUGAGUAGCAUAUAAUUGCAAUAAGAACAAUUUGGCAUGUAGUGAUGAUCCUACUGUAUGUUACCUUUGAAGUAUUCAGAUGAACACAUUUGCAGAAAUCAGUCAGUCACUGUUCAGCAACAUUUGCUUUGUAUGAAAUAUCAAGUGUGCCUUUUAAAAAUUCUCUCUGUCUCUUGACUGCUUUGUCUUACUGCCAGCUACUGAUUGUCUGUGCAUAUUUGAGUGAAGCCAGUGUCAUUGUUAGUCCUGAGUGACAGAUAAUCCAUGAAUUUAUUUCUACUUUCAUUGGCUUUGUAUUUUUGCCUGAAUAAUCAACUUGAAGUUAUUUCUGGAAGUAGGCGGGGUAUAAAUAUUUAUAUAUUUGAACUUGCAUGACAUUGUUUUAGAAGGUCAUAGUGCUUCCAACUUGAAAAGUGGUUAUGUUACAUUAAGACGUGAGAAAUUUUUCUGUCUUGUCAGAUUGUGGCUCCAUAGAGUCUGUUGUAUCAUAUCUGUGGAAGAGAAAUCUUCUGUUUUGAGCAGAAGUCACCUCUUUGUAAAUAUGUUGGUGUGCACUCUCCUUUUACGAGGGAAGUACCUCCUAAAGGUUUCUUUUCCCUUUUACUUCCCUUUCUCAGAGUAUAUUCAAAGAUGCUUGUAUCAUCAGAAUUGUUAAGAAUUAGUUACCCCUUAAUUAUAAUAUGAAAAUUAUGUCUUAAAAUCAGAUGCAUGAAUUAAAAAAUUAACUGUAUUAUCUUGUUAUAGAAUGGCAGGAAUUCUAGUCCUAAUUGGAAAAAUUAUGAAGUUUUAUUUUGCAGGGUGAAAAAUAAAUUAAAGAUUAACUCUGAUUGCACCAUAAA